AUGGACCCCAACCCUUUCAAUGAUAGUUCCGCGGAUGCGGGUGACCGCAUGCAUUCGAACUUUGUCAGGGACCUCGGUUGGGCGGACGCACUCUUAUCUGGAGCCGGCCCAGGCCAUGAUUACACGGUCGGAGCCAGCCCAGGCAACAGCUACCAGUCAAGCCAAGAUGCCCAGCUCGGCAGCAUUGACGAGCAAGCUCCGCAGUCAAGCCCGUCUCUGGUCGGCUCUGGCGCUGCUAGUCAAGUUGGCGAGCAGCCUCAGAUUCAAUGGCCGACCCCGGCUGUCCCAGAAGAGCCUAUGGUGAUGGAGACUGACCAGCCCGGCCAGCCUUUCCAACCGGAUUUGCAGCCCACGUCGGUUGUCUUUCCUUUCGGUGGCGCAAACACCCAGGAUCGGCAGAGCCAGACCAUGGAUGUGGAUGCCGAGAUCGCGAACGCGGGGGCCAAGACCAUGAACGAGGAGAUGCAGGCCCUGAAUGACUUGCUGGCACAUUACGCCAACCAGGAGCCAGAGAUCACAAACGCGAAGGCCCAGGACAUGAACGCGGAGACUCAGAUCAUGAACGCGGAGGCCCAGGUCAUGAACGGGAAGAGCCAGACCAUAAACGGGGGCCCCGCACAGAUUGAUCGAGGAUCUGGCAACACUCCCGAUGCCAAGAAGAAGCAUCUUUUCAUUGAUUUCUGCGAUUAUAUGGCAUGGUCACUAACUGUGAGGAAUGCCCGUGCCGCACUGAGGAGUGGGCAGCCGGCAAGUAUACCGCGAGGCAUCGCGAUGUCGAGUGUGCUGGCCUCGUAUCGUCUGUACGCAAAGGGUCAUCAUGAACUGCCACCCACCCCAAUCGAGUGGACGGGGCAUUCCAAGCACAGUCCAGCAUGCCUUCCCUUGGAACUUCAGUUGCUCAAUAACGGCAUGCGAGAGUAUAUGCGCAAGGACCCAACUUCUUCUCCAGGCAACGACCGAGUCAAAUGCGUGCCCUUGGGAGACGGCCGCUGGGAAGUCCAGCGCAAUAACGACAUGCGACGCACGCGCUUGGAAGACGGCCGGGGACCCAGAUAUGCGUGGCAUGGACACGGCUGUAAGGCAGGGCCAAGCUCGUCGCAGAAUGGAGUGCCGCCUCGACAACACAGCAGACGGGGGACUUCACGAUUACGUCGGCAAGGUCAGACUCCAUCGCAACCUGCGUCGGGAUUGUCGACGCAAUUCCAUCUGCCGUUAGACCCGCAGAUGCAGCUUGUAUACGAGGGACGUCAGCAACAACAGCCUCAACAGCAACAGGGUCAGCAGUUGCAACAACAGCAGAAGCAGCCUCAGCAGCAACAGCCCCAGCAGCUACAGGAGUCUCAGGAACUUCAACAGGCUCAUCAGCAACUGCAGCAGCUGCAAAUACAGGUUCAGCAGCAACGACAAAAGGCUCGGCAGCAACUUCAACAGGCUCGGCAGCGACUGCAGCAGCUGCAACUACAAGUUCAGCAACAACAGCAACAACAACAGCAACAACAACAGCAACAACAACAGCAACAACAACAGCAACAGCAACAGCAACAGCCUCAGCAGCAACAAUAA